AUGAAUGGAAAUCCUUCGCAAAGGGCUGGACGUGUCAGGGAGAUCGAAGGGACCCCCCAUAUGAUAAUUGUUGACAAUCUUGAGAGGGGUUUAUCACCGUUAAAAAUUGUGGAAUUUUUACAUAAAAAGGUUUCAAUCUCCUGUGAAGCAUUCAUUUCGCCAUGUAUGUCGUCUGAGUGGUAUACUCGAGGAACCAUUCUGGUGGACGGUAAAACGAAUGUUGACAAGUUAUCUGACUUUCUGGAGGGUCCCGAUCACAUCAUCAUCUCCUCAAGUGGAAGACCUUGGGUGAUGACUGAGAAGACACGGGUACAUGAGCCAUCCAUUAAAAACUUCAUGCUUAUAUCUCAGAAACAACAACAGAGUAGAAGAAGUGAAACUAUGAAUGAACCGAAGGUGGUCGCUUCAGGAACUGAAGAAUACAAGAAAGCCAAGCUGCUUAAAGAUUUAUUUUGGGAAUUUGCUAAUCAUCAAUGCCAACUUCACCGGAGGUUACUGAUUGAGGAGGGAAGGAUCUGGCAUCUUUCCAAUGCAAUGCAGAAGAGGUAA